ACUAAUUGAGCCUUCUAUUCAACAGACAGAUCGCAACAAUAGAAAGAUAAAAAGUCCCAAAGGAAUUUUGAAUGAAUCACGGGAUAGACAUAAACCUCGUUAACUGCACAGUUGCAUGGUUUAAGAAGACAUCAUCACACUAUAUUCACAGUUCUGCAGACACAGUGACAGUGUUGAGCACUAAUAUUAUGGGAUUCCUAAAUGCUUUGCUCAUAGUAUUUCCCAUCAUUUUCCUGGGUUUGACCUCUGCCACGGACACCCUUACAUCUUCUCAAUCCAUUAGAGACUCAGAGACAGUAGUAACUUCAAACGACAGUGUCUUCAAACUUGGUUUCUUCAGCCCUCAAAAUUCAACACACCGCUACGUAGGAAUCUGGUACCUCUCUGACUCCAACGUCAUAUGGAUAGCUAACAGAAACAAACCACUCUUAGAUUCUUCUGGGGUUUUGAAAAUCUCCAAAGACGGUAACCUCGUGCUAGUUGAUGGAAAAAACCAUGUUAUUUGGUCGUCAAAUGUGUCAAACACUGCAACAAUCACUUCCACCGCUCAACUUUCACGUUCCGGGAAUCUAGUGCUGAAAGAUGACUCCACUGGACAGACCCUAUGGGAGAGCUUCAAGCAUCCUUGUGAUUCAGCAGUGCCAACCAUGAGGAUCAGUGCUAACAGAAUCACAGGUGAGAAAAUACGGUUUGUGUCGAGGAAAAGCGCUUCUGAUCCUUCUACUGGCUACUUCUCUGCUUCCCUUGAACGUUUGGAUGCUCCAGAAGUGUUUUUGUGGAUUAAUGGAACUCGCCCUUAUUGGAGGACUGGUCCAUGGAAUGGUAGAAUCUUCAUUGGGACACCACUGAUGUCAACUGGGUAUUUGUAUGGAUGGAAUGUAGGAUAUGAAGGGAAUGAAACUGUUUAUCUAACUUACAGUUUCGCCGAUCCUUCUUCGUUUGGAAUCCUUACCUUGAUUCCACAAGGAAAGCUUAAAUUGGUAAGGUAUUAUAACAGAAAGCACACGUUGACUUUGGAUUUGGGAAUUUCUGAUUGUGAUGUUUAUGGCACGUGUGGGGCAUUUGGAAGCUGUAAUGGGCAGAAUUCACCAAUAUGCAGCUGUUUGAGUGGAUAUGAACCAAGGAAUCAAGAGGAGUGGAGUAGGCAAAAUUGGACUAGUGGGUGUGUGAGAAAGGUGCCACUCAAGUGUGAGAGGUUUAAAAAUGGGAGUGAAGAUGAGCAAGAAGAUCAAUUUUUGAAACUUGAAACUAUGAAAGUUCCAGACUUCGCGGAGAGGUUGGAUGUCGAGGAAGGUCAAUGUGGAACGCAGUGCUUGCAGAAUUGCUCUUGUUUGGCGUAUGCAUAUGAUGCUGGCAUUGGAUGCUUGUAUUGGACUAGAGACUUAAUUGACUUACAAAAAUUCCAAACUGCAGGAGUUGAUCUCUACAUCCGUCUCGCCCGUUCAGAAUUUCAAUCCAGUAAUGCACAAGAGCAUACUAAUAAGACAAGAGGCAAGAGAUUAAUCAUUGGAAUUACAGUGGCAACUGCUGGAACAAUUAUCUUUGCCAUCUGUGCUUAUCUAGCCAUUCGUAGAUUUAACUCGUGGAAGGGAACUGCUAAAGAUUCGGAAAAUCAGAGUCAAAGGGUGACUGAGGUCCAGAAACCAGCUAAACUGGAUGAGCUACCGCUAUUUGAUUUUGAAGUCGUUGCAAAUGCCACAGACAACUUUCACUUAGCUAAUACGCUUGGAAAGGGCGGUUUCGGUCCGGUGUACAAGGGAUUAUUGCCAGAUGGCCAGGAAAUUGCAGUGAAAAGACUCGCCAAAGCAUCUGGACAAGGUCUAGAAGAAUUUAUGAAUGAAGUGGGGGUCAUUUCUAAGCUACAACAUCGCAAUCUUGUAAAACUUCUCGGAUGCUGUGUUGAAGGAGAUGAAAAGAUGCUCAUCUAUGAGUUCAUGCCAAAUAAAAGUUUAGAUGCAUUCAUCUUUGACCCACUCCGGCAGAAACUGCUAGACUGGACAAAACGUUUUAAUAUAAUUGAAGGAGUUGCUCGUGGCUUACUCUAUCUUCAUAGAGAUUCUAGAUUAAAAAUCAUACAUAGAGAUUUGAAGGCAAGCAAUAUCUUGCUAGAUGCAGAGAUGAAUCCAAAAAUAUCAGACUUUGGUUUGGCUAGAAUAUAUAAAGGCGAGGAUGAAGUUAAUACCAAAAGAGUUGUUGGCACAUAUGGCUACAUGUCCCCGGAAUAUGCAAUGGAAGGACUGUUUUCUGAGAAAUCAGAUAUCUAUAGCUUUGGUGUUUUGUUAUUGGAGAUUAUUAGUGGAAAAAGAAACACUAGUUUUCGUAAUGAUGACCAGUCUCUCAGCCUUAUAGGAUAUGCGUGGAAUCUAUGGAACGAAGACAAUAUUAGUUUUUUGGUUGAUCCAGAGAUAUCAGCUUCAGGAUCCGAGAAUCAUAUUUUUAGGUGCAUUCACAUAGCAUUUCUAUGCGUGCAAGAAGUUGCAAAAACAAGACCAACUAUGACUACUGUGCUUUCGAUGCUUAAUAGUGAGAUUUCCCACCUCCCUCCUCCUAGGCAAGUCGGAUUUGUUCAGAAGCAAAGUUCAUCAAGUUUAGAGUCUUCUUCUCAAGAAAAUCAGUUUAACUCCAACAACCAUGUAACUCUUACCGAGAUGCAAGGCAGAUAACCAUAUGAAUCAUCUUAACUGUAAAAAUAGCUGCCAUUUUAUAUGCUGAAGAUAUUAAAUAGAUGAUUAUUCAAUAAUGUUUAUAGACUAGAAGUCUUGUUUUAUGGAUUAUCAGAAAUCCUUCAACUUGUUAGAAUUGGGAACUUUGGGAUUUGACUUUUCUGGACUUCUAAUAUAACAGUAAUUCUUUAA